CCCCGUCGCUCGCUUUCUGUCAGCCUCUCUCCCUCUCCCUCUCCCCCUCUCUCCUGCCUCUGGCUUCCUCUCUCGCACCUGAGCACACGCACCUGCCGGGGCCCGGCUCCCUCUCCCUCCUCCCCUCCUUCCCCUCCCUCUUUUCCCGCCCGGCCGGAAGGCUCGGCCCGGCCGCGAGAGCCUCGCGGCUGCGUCACCGCGGUCCCCCAGACAAGAUGGACACCGCCGAGGAAGACAUAUGUAGAGUGUGUCGGUCAGAAGGAACACCUGAAAAACCUCUUUAUCAUCCUUGUGUAUGUACUGGCAGUAUUAAGUUUAUCCAUCAAGAAUGCUUAGUUCAGUGGCUGAAACACAGUCGAAAAGAAUACUGUGAAUUAUGCAAACACAGAUUUGCUUUUACACCAAUUUAUUCUCCAGAUAUGCCUUCGCGGCUUCCAAUCCAGGACAUAUUUGCUGGACUGGUUACAAGUAUUGGCACUGCAAUACGAUAUUGGUUUCAUUAUACACUUGUGGCCUUUGCAUGGUUGGGAGUUGUUCCUCUUACAGCAUGCCGCAUCUACAAGUGCUUGUUUACUGGCUCCGUGAGCUCACUACUGACACUGCCGCUAGACAUGCUCUCAACGGAAAAUUUGUUGGCGGAUUGUUUGCAGGGUUGUUUUGUGGUGACGUGCACAUUGUGUGCGUUCAUCAGCCUGGUGUGGUUGCGAGAGCAGAUAGUCCACGGGGGAGCCCCGAUUUGGUUGGAACAUGCUGCUCCACCCUUCAAUGCUGCUGGACACCACCAAAAUGAGGCUCCAGCAGGAGGAAAUGGUGCAGAAAAUGUUGCUCCUGAGCAACCUGCUAACCCACCAGCUGAGAAUGCAGUGGUGGGAGAAAACCCUGAUGCGCAGGAUGAUCAGGCGGAAGAGGAAGAGGAAGACAACGAGGAGGAAGAUGAUGCAGGCGUGGAAGAUGCAGCCGAUGCUAAUAAUGGAGCCCAGGAUGACAUGAACUGGAAUGCUUUAGAAUGGGACCGAGCUGCAGAAGAACUCACAUGGGAAAGAAUGCUAGGACUUGAUGGAUCACUAGUUUUUCUGGAACACGUCUUCUGGGUUGUGUCUUUAAAUACACUGUUCAUUCUUGUUUUUGCAUUUUGCCCUUACCACAUUGGUCAUUUCUCCCUUGUUGGUUUGGGAUUUGAAGAACAUGUCCAAGCAUCUCAUUUUGAAGGCCUAAUCACAACCAUAGUUGGGUAUAUACUUUUAGCAAUAACACUGAUAAUUUGUCAUGGCUUGGCAACUCUUGUUAAAUUUCAUAGGUCUCGUCGCUUACUAGGAGUCUGCUAUAUUGUUGUUAAGGUCUCUUUGUUAGUGGUGGUAGAAAUUGGAGUGUUCCCUCUCAUUUGUGGCUGGUGGCUGGAUAUCUGUUCCCUGGAAAUGUUUGAUGCUACUCUGAAAGAUCGAGAACUGAGUUUUCAGUCGGCUCCAGGUACUACCAUGUUUCUACAUUGGCUAGUAGGAAUGGUGUAUGUGUUCUACUUUGCCUCCUUCAUUCUGUUACUGAGAGAGGUACUUCGACCUGGUGUCUUAUGGUUUCUAAGAAAUUUGAAUGAUCCAGAUUUUAAUCCAGUACAGGAAAUGAUCCACUUGCCAAUUUAUAGGCAUCUCCGAAGAUUUAUUUUGUCAGUGAUUGUCUUUGGCUCCAUUGUCCUCCUGAUGCUUUGGCUUCCUAUACGUAUAAUUAAGAGUCUACUGCCUAAUUUUCUUCCCUACAAUGUCAUGCUGUACAGUGAUGCUCCAGUAAGCGAACUGUCCCUUGAGCUGCUUCUGCUUCAGGUUGUCUUGCCAGCAUUACUCGAACAAGGACAUACGAGACAGUGGUUGAAGGGGCUUGUGCGAGCAUGGACUGUCACUGCGGGAUACUUGCUGGAUCUUCAUUCCUAUCUGUUGGGAGACCAGGAAGAAAGUGAGAAUAGUGCAAAUCAACAAGUCAACAAUAACCAGCAUGCUCGAAAUAACAACGCUAUUCCUGUGGUGGGAGAAGGUCUGCAUGCAGCCCACCAAGCCAUACUCCAGCAGGGAGGUCCUGUCGGCUUUCAGCCUUACCGCCGGCCUUUAAAUUUUCCACUCAGGAUAUUUCUGUUGAUUGUCUUCAUGUGUAUCACAUUACUGAUUGCCAGCCUCAUCUGCCUUACUCUACCAGUAUUUGCUGGCCGUUGGUUAAUGUCCUUUUGGACUGGAACUGCCAAAAUCCAUGAGCUCUACACAGCUGCUUGUGGUCUGUAUGUUUGCUGGCUAACCAUAAGGGCGGUGACUGUGUUGGUGGCAUGGAUGCCUCAGGGACGAAGAGUGAUCUUCCAAAAAGUUAAAGAAUGGUCCCUUAUGAUAAUGAAGACCUUGAUAGUUGCUGUGCUGCUGGCUGGGGUUGUCCCACUCCUUCUGGGGCUCCUGUUUGAGCUGGUUAUUGUUGCUCCCUUGAGGGUUCCUUUGGAUCAGACUCCUCUUUUUUAUCCAUGGCAGGACUGGGCACUUGGAGUCCUGCAUGCCAAAAUCAUUGCAGCUAUAACGUUGAUGGGUCCUCAGUGGUGGUUGAAAACUGUAAUUGAACAGGUUUAUGCAAAUGGCAUCCGGAACAUUGACCUUCACUACAUCAUUCGUAAAUUGGCAGCUCCAGUGAUCUCUGUGCUCUUGCUUUCCCUGUGUGUACCUUAUGUCAUAGCUUCUGGCGUUGUUCCCUUAUUAGGUGUUACUGCAGAAAUGCAAAACUUAGUCCACCGGCGGAUUUAUCCAUUUUUACUGAUGGUUGUGGUAUUGAUGGGAAUCUUGUCCUUCCAGGUUCGCCAGUUUAAGCGCCUUUAUGAACAUAUAAAAAAUGACAAGUACCUUGUGGGUCAACGCCUGGUGAACUAUGAGAGGAAAUCUGGCAAACAAGGAACAUCUGUGCCACCUCCACAGUCGUCCCAAGAAUAAAGUGGUUGUCUCAACUCCUUGACCUUCCCCUUGCCUUUACGUGUCCUUUUUGUGGACUUCUCGCUUUGGAGAUUCUACCCCGUGAUCUCUCAGCGUUGUUUUUAAGUUAAAUGUACUUGACUUGUGUCCUCAGCAUCCAGAGAGUAGCGUGUAAGGCUCUGCUGCUCUUCCCUGCAUCUGCCGACAUCACUGCUGUCUGAGAUCUGUAUAUGUGUAAAUAGAAGUUCCUUGAUUUCCCUAAAACCUUGGAUUAAACAGAAUGUGCAUUGUACAUCUUUAAACAAAAUGUAUAUUAAUUUAUUAAAUCUAGUUGUCACUUUA